AUGCAGGGGCAGGUGGUGAUCAUCAACUUUCCGGACACGGGACACAUCAACCCCACCCUGCCGCUGGUCGCCGAGCUGGCGGAGCGACGCAUCCAGGUGACCUACUUCCUCCCGGAGGCCUUCCGCGCCGUGGUCACGGCCGCCGGCGCGACCUGGCGCCCGCUGCGCGCGCCCAUGGACCUCAGCCAGGAGAUGUUGGAGCACUACUUGGACGACUCUGAGCCGCCCAUCGAGGAAUAUGAGUUCCCUCUCUCCACCUUGGCGGUGGCCUCCUGGAUCCUGCCGGACCUCAUCGAAGAGCUGCAAGGCUUGUCGCCACCCCCAGGCGUCAUCGUCUACGACCCCUUCUUGCCCCACGCGCUGGUGGCCGCACGACACUUGCAUCUACCCGCGGUCUGCCUGGUGACGCAUCCGGGGCCUGGCACUAUGCCGCACCCUCCGCAAUUGGUGGAGGAGUGGGAGAGCCACCAGAUCGUGCAGAAGGCCCGCAAAGAGAUCAAGGACUUCUAUGAGAUGGACGUCUUUCAGCAUGGCACCUUGAUGGAGUUUUACUCGGCGGACUUGAAUCUGGUGACGACCAUCGCAGAGCUCUUCGCCCCACCGCGUUUGAGCCCUCAGCUGAAGCGCUUCGGGCACUUCCCCUUCCACUGUGUGGGCCCUAUGGUGAACCCGAAGCUGAAGCGUUUGGCACAUGCCUUCGCACCCUCCAAGCCGGUCGAGCCGUUGCCCCACGAGCAGAUUGACGCUGCCCUGGCGGCCGGGAAGCGCUUCGUCUUCGUGUCGAUGGGCACCGUGGGCAGCGGGGGCCGCUGGAACGGAGGCUUUGGGCCCCUGGCCGCGCACAACGGCAUUCAGAAUCUCACGGGGAAGGAGUUUCUUCAGCAAGUCUACCGGGCCGUCAUGGAGGCCUUCCAGGAUCAGGAGGAUCUCCUGGUGCUGAUGGCCGUGGGCCCCCAGCCCGAUGCCCUUGAGGGCCUCCCCAGUUGUCCCAGCAACGUCCUCCUGCGGCCGACGGUGCCGCAACUGGAGGUGCUGCAGCGGUGCCACGCCUUCGUGACGCAUGGGGGAAACAACAGCAUCCACGAAGCCUUGUCCUACGCGGUGCCCAUGGCAGUGAUCCCCAUGUUCGGUGACCAACCCUACAACGCUGAGAGUGUGGCGGGCCUAGGCUGCGGUGUCUCCUUCCGUUACCCCUUGCAGACGCUGACGCCGCAGCGCCUGCGCGGCGCGGUCCGCCACCUGUUGGAGGAGCCGUCCUACCACUUGGCCGCCAUGCAGCUGAGCCAGAAGCUUCGUGCAGCCUCCGGCGCCAAGGGAGCUGCAGAGGCCAUCGUUCGGGCGACGUCGAAGUGCCAUUUGGCCGGCGCCUGA